AUGUUUAUCAAUUUGUCCCGGCCCCAGGCCGACAUGGUCUUCCCAGGAGACAAUGUCCUCACCUCUGCCGCAGCAACCGCAGUUUGUGCCCCUUGGGUUUUUAACUUGGACCAACUCGACAACGCCGCAGAGAUCCUGCACCACCAGCAGCGCCUCCUCGACAUGUCUUUCAACUCGGCCGCUUUGACACGUGGUUCAGCCCAGCAGCCGGGUUCCAAACGGCGUCGGGAACAGCAGCAGCAGGGUCUGGUAUCGGCGUAUAGCAGCGGGUACUACCCCGUAGAGCCGCACCUCGGUGGGAAAGGUGACUUGUUUACGACCGGGCCAGGGCAGUCAACGACCGGCCAUCGCACCGUAACGCCACUUCCCCCUAACCAACUUUAUGUCUCCCCCUACGCAGCGCCCGUGGACGGGGGCAUGAUCUGCCAUCCGUCCAGUGCAAGCAUGGUUGCUGAGCCGGAUCUCCUGGACACAUCAUUGUUCUGGCAGGUACCGACACAUGCAGCCGGGCAGCAUUCAGCCCUUUCCUCGUUUGCAUCACUGGUGGCAGAUAGCCCGCAUCAGGACCAUCACACUGCCUCGAGUCUGGACUAUAACCUAGGCGUCAUCUCACAAACCGUCUUUGAGUCCGACACAGCAUCCCACUCGCACGGUUUGCCGUCGGACGCCAUGCUCGAGGGCGAUACGACCGGAAGCCAUUCUUCAGCGGCGACCGCGUCGGACAUGCUCGAGGCCAUGGUGAUCAACGACGGGCCGCACCAUCCCCAGUCCUGGAAUGUCUCGCUCUCCUCCGUGUCUGGGAGUCACCAGCAGCCUGGAUACCGCGGGGGUGGUCUCUGCGUUGGCACCACGGCGGGACAGCACGAGAUUUCCACUGGCUCAUGGAUGCCUGUCGAGGGACAGACGGUAUCUCCCAAGAUGCUGCGCAUCCGGCCCACCCCGACACCAACCUCGUCUUCGGACUCGAUCCGCACGAGCUUUUUGGGAAACAACACCAACACUGGAGAGGAUGACCAGGCUGCCUAUCGCAUGAGGCACGGAGGAGGGGGUUCGGCUUGCCCGAUGCCGCCCAAGAGCAGGAAGCAGCUGCCAGACCGGGGACAUGGACAUGGACAACCAGCACAAACACUUGCGCAGUUCGGCCAAGGCGGUUCCAAGUCUCCGAUGCCUUCCUUGAAGAAACUGAGCAAGGUCAAGCCAAAAUACAGCAACAACAAAGCCAUGCCGUCCUCUCCCAUUAGUCCCAGCACCACUGUCUCCACAACCGCCACCCACCCGUUGACCACAGCAGCGUCGUCGCAGAUCUCCGGCAGCGGCCCCGUGAGUGUGACAACAACAACACGGUCACGGUCCAGUGCGGGAGGAGAGGACCUGUGCGACCGCAGCGCCAAGGACGAGUUCCUGGUCAAGCACAAGCAGCUGGGGCUGACCUACAAGGAAAUCCGGCGCAUGGGCGGGUUCACCGAGGCCGAGUCGACGCUGCGCGGGCGAUACCGGACGCUGACCAAGUCGCGCGAGGCAAGGGUCAGGAAGCCCGAGUGGUCUGAGAAGGACCUCCGCCUCCUAGAAAAAGGCGUCCGCCGCCUCGCCCAAGGCUGGCCCGGUCCAUCCGGCGAUUUCACUUCGGCCAAGGUGCCCUGGAAGAAGGUGGCCGAGUACAUCGUCGCGCACGGCGGGAGCUACCAUUUCGGCAACUCGACGUGCCGCAAGCGGUGGGACGAGCUGGUGCGCGAGCAGACGGCGCUGGGCAAGGACCUGCGCCAGCCGUUCUUUGCGCAGAAUUACCGUGACGGCGACGACGAGGAAGAGUUAAAGUUGGGGGGGGGGGGCACAGGCACUGGAUCGGGGUACUUUCCCGGUGCGGCGGCGUUUGGGGGGUAUGGACAUGGACAACAGGGACAGGGGAUGUAA